AUGCGAGGUAGACUUCCAUCUAAAGACUUUUUGCUUGAUCCUGAAAUUUCAAGGACUGAGAGGAGACUGAGGAAGGCAGCUAGGCAGAUAAUUUGGGAAGAUUUGAAAAACGUACCUGCACAACCAAAACAAGAGAUGGAAGGAAACAACAACGCUGAUGGUGACAUAGGCCACAAUGCAAUUAAUCCACCCCCAAGAUUGUUGGAAAGUAUUCUAACACCAGUGUUCAAUAGGCCAAACUCAAGCAUAGUCAGGUCGACGGUGGAGGCAAACAAUUUUGAGUUGAAACCAUCAUUGAUUUCUUUGGUGGCAAGAGCUCAAUAUUCUGCUGCUGACGAGGAAGACCCUCAUGAGUUCAUAGAUCGAUUUCUGAUGAUCUGUGACACUACAAAGCACAAUGGUGUGCCAGCUGAUGCUAUCAGGCUCCGACUAUUUCCUUUUGCUGUUAAGGGAAGUGCUCUCAAAUGGAUAGAAAGGCAGCCAGCAAUUAGUAUCUCAACAUGGGAAGAUUUGUCAAACAAAUUCUUUGCCCAUUUCUUUUCUAUGGAGAAAUAUAAUCAGCUGGUGAAUGCAAUCACGAAUUUCCGUCAAUUUGAAGGAGAAUCAUUGUGUGCAACUUGGAAUAGAUUCCAAGAACUUAUCCGGAAGUUUCCACAAUGGAAAGGAGACAAUGACAGAAAGGUAGCAAUUUUCUUUAAUGGCAUUUCUCCUGAAACAAGGUUGGUGACUAAUGGUGCAGCGGGAGGUUCUAUUCGGCAGAGUACCUCAGAGCAAGCUCUCAAUCUGAUAAAGAAGUUGGCAAGAGAUGAAAAUGAGAGUGUUCCAGCCUCAGUAAAAAGAGGAGUGAUAAAACAAGAAAACAAUGACACUUUGCUCGCUGAACUGUUAUCCAAAAAGAUUAAUAGUAAGUUUGACAGUUUGGAGCAGCAAUUUCAAAAAUUCCAAGUGUCUCAUGUUCAAUCAACUCCUCAGGAAGCUCACAAAUCCAACGAAUGCUCUAAUUCGUUAUCAGAUGAUUCACCUCAACAAGUACAGGUGAAUGGAAUAUGGUAUGACCAGCGGCCUCAGCCGUCAAACUUUCCAAGGAACAAUAACUAUGGUGCUGGAGGUGGUGGUGGAAAUUUUCAGCGAAGAACUCAAGGAGCUGGCAUGGAUUACAAAUCUAAUAACUACCAGCAGCCUCCACAAAUUCAAGCAAAGGAACCCUCUGAAUUGGAAAAGCUAGUGGCACAGAUGGUUUCAGAAAGAAUUCCGGGUACUUUUCCUAGUAAUACAGUUAUCAAUCCAAAGGAAGAUUGCAUGGCUAUUACCACUAGAAGUGGCAAAGUUGUAGCACCGCUUUCAAAUCCAAUUCUUGAUCGUGUGGAAGACAAGGAACAAGCGGAGAAGCAGAAAGGAGCAGUUGAACCAGAGGCUGAAGUAAUUGUGAAAGAAAAGGAGAAAGAAGCCGUCAUUGAAAAGGAAAAACCAUCUUUCUUUGAUAAGAACUGCCCAUUGACCCAUGAAUAUAUAAUGGCUCAAGCACCUUACCCAGAAAGGUUCAAGAAAGAGGUUACUAACAAGCAUUAUGACAGGUUCUUAGACAUCUUCAAGAAGUUGCACAUCAAUAUUCCUUUUGCAGAAGCCUUAGCAAAUAUGCCUGGAUAUGCAAAAUUCAUGAAGGAUCUGUUGAAGAAGAAUAAACUGCAAGAAUGCCAAACCGUUGAACUUACUGCAAAAAGUAGUGCAUUCAUUCAGCAGAAGAUUCCAGCUAAGCUUCGUGAUCCAGGUAGUUUUAAUAUUCCCAUUACUAUUGAUGAUAUUGCCAUUGGCAGAGCUAUUUGUGAUCUUGGGGCUAGUAUCAACUUGAUGCCUCUUUCUAUUUAUAAGGCACUGGGAAUUGAAGAAUUGAAACCCACAGAAGUUUCUCUUCAACUUGCUGAUAGAUCUGUGAGGAAACCUAACGGGAUCAUUGAAGAUGUUCUUGUCAAAGGGAAGGAAGUGAUAAGCCUCUGCUUUUAG